CGUGUACAAGUCUGGAGUGUAAUGAGGUUAAACUUGAUUGUCCUCUAAAUCAGGACACACAGUACACCGUUGUAGAAAUUCGCUACGGAACAGUAAGUUUCUAAAACGGAUCUAAAGUCCCACUUUUUCAUACAUGUAAACCUGUAUAACAUGAUUACAUAGUACAUAAUUGAUAGUCUUUAGCGUUCCGUUUCGCUGCUUGUUAAGGCUAUAUUUGGUCAUUUCUAUAUUGCUGAAAGUGGAAUAAAGAACAAUAUUCGAAGAGAAAGGAUAUGAAGACAGCAUUAUUUGUGAGUGUGAUUUUUUUCGCUUGUGUUUGGUCGCUGUCUCGCGGCUAUUCACUUUCUGAUGAAACGAAUCUCCAUACAGCUAUAUUUCCCACCACUUACGACCAAAACGUCAGACCAGGCGCAGAUAGGGCCACCCCACUGCAGCUUAAUGUGACGUUCUACUUCCAAAGUAUCAAAGAACUUGAUGAAUCUAUCAGUAAAUUCUCAAUAACCGGAGCUCUGAGCGUUCACUGGAGUGAUAACCGUUUGACGUGGAAUCCGUCCAGCUACGGCGGAGAUUUGAAUGUCACCAUUGUCCCCCAGAAAAAGGUCUGGGUGCCGUUCCUCAUCAAUAUGCUGAAUUAUGACUCAUUACAAGCAAUAGGACAUAACGAUCUCAACUUACGAUUGGACUAUACCGGAUCGAUAACUUGGUUUGUGCCGAAUCUUUUUGAGAGUACGUGUGACGCUGAUUUAUCCUUCUACCCGUUCGAUUCUCAGACGUGUUUUCUGAGAUUUUAUGUACCAGGGUUCAUGCCCUCUGAAAUUGAAUUUUAUUCUCCCAAUCAAAGAAUGGACUUGUCGCAGUACAGUACGAAUGGUCUGUGGGACGUGACAGAAACGACGAUCUACACCACCACGAAUUCACUCCAAGUCCAAGAGGUUUACAUGUCCAUCAGCAUGAAAAGGCGAAUAGUCUAUUAUGUAUCUAGCUUAGUAUUACCAGUUCUACUUCUCUCUUUUUUACAAUUAUUUUCAUUUCUGAUGCCCCCCGAUUGCGGUGAACGUGUUGGAUUUUCUAUAACCGUCCUUCUGGCAGUGGCUGUAUAUCUAACUCUGAUCCAAGAUAAACUACCAGAGGGGUCGGAACCCAGUGUGUCAUAUCUCAGCUACAAACUUUUGGGGGACUUUAUGAUCGCUGUCUUUAUAGUGAUAGGUGUUAUUAUUGGACUGCGUUUCUAUAUUAGAGAUGAUGAAAUUAUAAUUCCCAGCUAUUUGCAAAAAUUUCACGGACUUGUACUGGGAGGCAAAUGUUGUCACUGUAGAGGAAAGCGCAAGGUGUCUGUUGAGGAGAAGGAGGCUGUUGAAGAUGUCAAGCAGGACACCGUGUCUCAAUCGCUGAUAUGGCGUGAUAUCGGGAAGGCCACGGACCGGUUUUGCCUUUUAAUGUUUGGGAUUAGCCUGACGAUGUGUAAUGUUGUCUAUAUGAUAGUUAUUGCAGCAUUCUAUUAGUCUAUUCCUAUCCAACAGAAAAGUGUUUUCUAUACUGAACUACAAUAUACUGUAAUAAAAUAGAUAUUGAAAAAUUA